AUGAAGGAGAGCCCAAGAUGGAAGUUUAUUGAAGAGGGAGACAACUUCACUUUGUUGAUAUUUGAAGUGGCCCCAGAAGACGCAGGUCAAUAUGCCUGUGUAGCCAUCAAUGAUGUUGGAAAAUCUACUUGCACAGCUCGUCUGGAUAUUGAGAAUGAACGUGAAGCAGAACUCCAUGGUAAAAAGGUACAUGUAGAAAUUGUACAACAGAAACCAAUCUUAACUCGAUCUCUACAACCAUACACAGUAUUUAUACCUGGAAAACCAGCUCAACUUGAAGUUGAACUGGCACCACAACCAAAGUCCAGGACAACCUGGUUUGUGAAUGGACGAGAAAUCUUACAGUCAGAACGUAGGAAAAUUAUAAAACGUGGUAACAGUACAAUACUUAUAUUGUUUAAUACUACGGAGGAUGACCAGGGAGAAUAUCUUCUUAAAGCUGACAACGAGUUUGGUACCACCACUUGUAAAACAACUCUGAUACUUAAAGGUAGGCUAUUAGCUUCCUUCCAUUGUCAAAUAAGCAUUAUUUUAAAAAUGAUUGGUAAAUUCUCCAAGAAUUUGUGUUUGAUUGAAUCUGAACCACCAUCAGAAGUAACAUGGUAUGUUAAUGGUGUGGAGAUCAAACCUUCACCAAGAUAUGACAUUCGUAUCGAAGAAGGCAAGACUAUAUUGUUUAUUAUGGAUGUGGGCCCAGAAGAUGUCGGAGAGUAUACUUGUAAAACUGUAACAGAUCAGGGUGAAGCUAUCACUUCACCAACCACAGUUUUAGUUACCCCACCAGACUUUGUGGAACCCCUUCAUUCCACCACAGCUACUGACGGCCAGGAAAUCAGAUUGACCUGCAAAGUCACAGGAUUCCCUCCACCUCAGAUUUCUUGGUUUCAUGACAGAGAAAAUAUUGACGAUGAUGAAGAAUAUGUCAUUUCCUAUGAACCAGAAACAGGGGAGAUAAGCUUAAUUAUUGUUGAAGUCUUCCCAGAUGAUAAGGGGCAAUAUGCAUGUAUUGCUCAAAAUCCUGGUGGACAAGCAACUACCUCAGCAACUCUGUCUGUU